GUUGGCGCAGGUCCUGUUGGCCUCCUCACGGGUCUUCGAUGCGCUAAAGUUGGCAUUCCAACAACGGUUCUGGAGAUUCUCCCUGAGAUUGAAAUGUCCCCUCGUGCAGCGGUCUAUCACCCAGUAGCAGUGCAGGAGCUUGAUCGCGCCGGCGUAUUAGAAGACUGCCGUAAGAUUGGAACUUCGAGUACGAAGCUCGCUUUCCGGAAACUGAACGGCGAGGUGAUUGUUGAAAUGGAAAGAGUGCCCACGAAUGAGGAACCUUAUGAGAAUCUGAUACUAGGACAGCAUGAACUUGCAGAGGUGAUAUUGAAGCAUUUUCAGGACUGCGCUGCGGCGAAGGUUUUAUUCCAGCAUCAUGUUGUUGCCAUCGACCAGGGUGAGAACGGUGUGAUUGUAGAAGCAGAAACGCCGAAUGGGCUAAAGAAGUUGAGUGCCUCGUAUGUAGUUGGGGCGGACGGUGCUCGUAGUGUGGUUCGCCAGCUCGCGGGGGUUACCUUUGAUGGGUUCACUUGGCCGCAGCAGAUAGUAGCGACCAAUGUAGUAUACCCCUUCGACAAAUACGGAUACUCGACUGGGAAUCAGAUUGUGACAAGACACCCAGAUCAUUUUUGCGUUGUCGCCAAGUUGAACACUUCGGGCUUAUGGAGGGUGUCGUACGGAGAGAAGACAGGCCUUUCGGACGAAGAACUUCGAGCUAGGUUACCAAUGAAAUAUGAGGCAAUAUUUCCGGGUCCAAGGCCACUAGAGUACGACCUGAAGAUGUUCUCCCCAUAUCGAUUACACCAGAAAUGUGCCAGCUCAUUCCACAUCGGCCGGAUACUCCUCGCAGGUGACGCCGCUCAUUUGUGCAACCCAUUUGGAGGGUUGGGACUUACGGGUGGACUACUCGAUGCAGGUGCAUUGGGUGACGCACUCAUUGCAGUGAUCAAAGAUGGCAUGUCCGAAAGUAUUCUCGAGAAGUACGAUGAGAUCCGGCGAAGUGUUUUCAAGAACGUCAUCGAUCCCACUUCCCAGGCAAAUUUGCGUCGACUGUGUGAGAGUGACGCGGAGACGGUUCGAGAAACAGACCCGUUCUUUCGAAACAUAUUGGGUGCGGACAAGGUGGAGAAAGAGAAGAUCCGAGGUUUGGGGCAACUACGAGUAAGCUUGUUUGACAAGCUGUCGUGA